ACACAAGAGUGGUUUUAUUUAUUCUCAGAGAGAGAGAGAGAGAGAGAGAGAGAGGCGUGGCGACUGUACGGCGUCGGAUUGAAGACGGAGGUUCAUUUCCAGUAAGGUAGAAGAAGAAGAAGAGAGAUGGUGGAGGCGAAGAACAGAGGAUCAUCACACUCAUGGUGGUUCGACAGUCACAGCAAGGGUAAUUCUACUCGAUCCAUUUGGCUUCAGUCAACUCUUGCAGAGCUCGAUGAGAAGGCCAAAACAAUGCUGAAGCUGAUCGAAGAAGACGCAGAUUCAUUCGCACAACGAGCAGAAAUGUACUACAAGAAGAGGCCCGAGCUAAUCAGCAUGGUUGAAGACUUUUAUCGGACUCACCGCUCGCUAGCGGAGCGGUACGAUCUAGUCAAAUCAGAAAACGGGGCCCGUCUCGUAACCCCAUGGUCCUCUUCCCCGUUAUCUUUCACCAAAUAUCGACUAGAGAAAUCGUUAAGCUUGAACUUAAACGAUAAAGCAUACGAUAGCUACUCUGAGGCUUACGGACCAGAUGAGUCAGAUGAAUCGGAAGUUGAUGAUCCGGAAGAAGAAGAAACGGUCGAAGAUCUUCUAGAAUGUUCCGGAACAGAGGAAGUGUUGGGGAGUGGCGCCAUCGAGGAGGAACUUACGAAGCUGAGGAGAAAAGUGGAGGGGCUUAGAGAAGAGAACGAGGUUCAGAAAGAGCAACUGAUGCAAAAAGACGAAGAGAAACGAGAAGUCAUUAGGCAACUGAGUUUAGCCAUGGAUUUGCUCAGAGAAGAAAAUCUGAAUCUGAGGCAGAAUCUUGCGAAGAAUGCUCCGAAGAAAGAAAAUCAAAUCGAGUACAACAAAUUGAAAGAGGGUUUCUUUGGGAAGUUGUUCAACGGGUUCGGAAAAUCACCGGCUAAUUUAGUCGCGCUAUAAGAGUGUUAUGUACUAUAUGUAUUAGUAAUAUAGAACUACAUAUGUUGUAGGAAUAUUUCAAUUAUCAGUAUAUUUGUUUAAAGACUUGCAGGAAUUCGUUUUAAACUAGGCAUCAACUAUGUAUUGUAUUCUUUUAUGCAUUCAAUGUAAUUUAUUAUUGUUAUUUU